GUGUCCCCCUCGGGCUGCCGUAGCCGCUGCCGCUGCCGCUGGGGGGCUGGAGCGUGCUGGAGGCAAGGCAAGGCCGCAGCCUGCCCCCAACCCUGAUGUGAGCGGGACCCGGAGCCUGGGCCCAGGGUGUGGGGAGAUGAAGAAGGACGUGAGGAUCCUGCUGGUGGGAGAACCCAGAGUUGGAAAGACAUCACUCAUUAUGUCUCUUGUCAGUGAAGAAUUUCCAGAAGAGGUUCCUCCACGUGCAGAAGAAAUCACCAUCCCAGCUGAUGUCACCCCUGAAAGAGUGCCAACACACAUAGUGGAUUAUUCAGAAGCAGAGCAAAGUGAUGAGCAGCUUCACCAUGAAAUAUCACAGGCUAAUGUAAUUUGCAUAGUAUAUGCUGUUAACAACAAGAAUUCUAUUGACAAGGUAACAAGCAGAUGGAUUCCUCUCAUCAAUGAAAGAACAGACAAAGAUAGCAGGCUUCCUCUUAUAUUGGUUGGAAACAAAUCUGAUCUAGUGGAAUAUAGCAGUAUGGAGACCAUCCUUCCCAUUAUGAACCAAUACACAGAGAUAGAAACUUGCGUAGAGUGUUCAGCCAAAAACUUGAAGAAUAUAUCUGAGCUAUUCUAUUAUGCACAGAAAGCUGUUUUACAUCCCACAGGGCCUCUCUAUUGUCCAGAGGAAAAAGAGAUGAAACCUGCCUGUAUAAAAGCUCUGACUCGCAUCUUCAGAAUCUCUGAUCAGGAUAAUGAUGGCACUCUCAGUGAUGCAGAGCUCAACUUCUUUCAGAGAAUUUGUUUUAAUACUCCACUAGCGCCUCAAGCAUUGGAAGAUGUAAAGAAUGUAGUCAGAAAAAAUCUAAGUGAUGGAGUUGCUGAUAAUGGAUUAACAUUAAAAGGUUUUCUUUUUCUACAUACACUUUUUAUUCAGCGAGGAAGACAUGAAACUACAUGGACAGUAUUACGCCGCUUUGGAUAUGAUGAUGACCUAGAGCUCACACCAGAGUAUUUGUUUCCUCCGCUAAAAAUUCCUUCUGACUGCACAACAGAAUUGAAUCACCAUGUGUAUUUGUUUCUCCAAAGCACUUUUGAUAAGCAUGAUUUGGAUAGAGAUUGUGCUUUGUCCCCUGAUGAACUCAAAGAUUUGUUCAAAGUCUUCCCUUAUAUACCAUGGGGACCUGAUGUCAACAACACUGUUUGUACAAAUGAAAGAGGAUGGAUAACAUACCAGGGGUUUCUUUCUCAGUGGACGCUAACCACAUAUUUAGAUGUACAGCGCUGCCUGGAGUACUUGGGCUAUUUAGGCUAUUCAAUACUCACAGAGCAAGAGUCUCAAGCAUCAGCAAUUACAGUAACUAGAGAUAAAAAGAUAGACCUCCAGAAAAAGCAGACUCAAAGGAAUGUGUUCAGAUGUAAUGUUAUUGGGAUGAAAGGCUGUGGGAAAAGCGGUGUUCUACAGGCACUUCUUGGAAGAAAUCUAAUGAGACAGAGGCAAAUACGCGCAGAACACAAAUCUUACUAUGCGAUGAAUACAGUCUAUGUAUAUGGGCAAGAAAAAUACUUGCUGCUACAUGAUGUUAGUGAAUCUGAAUUUUUAAGUGAUGCUGAGACCAUAUGUGAUGCUGUUUGCUUGGUGUAUGAUGUCACUAAUCCUAAAUCCUUUGAAUACUGUGCUAGGAUUUUUAAGCAACACUUCAUGGACAGCAGAAUACCUUGCUUAGUGGUAGCUGCAAAGUCAGACCUACAUGAAGUUAAACAAGAAUAUAGCACUUCCCCUGCUGACUUCUGCAAGAAACACAAAAUGCCUCCACCACAAGCCUUUACUUGUAACACUGUUGAUAUACCGAGUAAGGAUAUCUUUGUUAAACUGACAACAAUGGCCAUGUAUCCCCAUGCCCGAUUACGCUGUAUGUGCGCCUGCAACAGGUGUACAUUUUGCAUCUGUCAGAACUUCCUCAACUCAGACUUGCUGCAAUCUGUAAAGAACAAACUCUUCACUGCAGUUCUUAACAGGCAUGUGACACAAGCAGACCUCAAAAGUUCCACAUUUUGGCUUCGAGCGAGUUUUGGUGCUACAGUCUUUGCAGUUUUGGGUUUUGCCAUGUACAGAGCAUUAUUAAAACAGCGAUGAUCUGAAAAGCAGUACCUGGCCCCUACCAAAUAAAAAUAAAUUAUGUAUAUUCUGAAUGCUUUAAAUUCUGCUAGAAAUAUUUAUAUAUGCAGAGUUACUUUAUUAAUAUUUGUAAUUCGUGCAUAAGAGUCUUUUAAAUGAAAGCUAUAACUACAGUAUUGCAUAAUGUGUGGAAAAAAUUGCGUCGUAACAGCCAACUAAAAUGGUUUAAUUUGUAAGGCCAAAAGGGAAUGUUGUAAAUAAACUGUAUAUAUAAGGCAGUAAGACAUUGCUUCCCAAAAAGUUGUUAGAAAUACUGUUCUUAGAUGUUUCAGCAUAGUGAGAGUGUAUAAUUGGAAUUAAUUUUCAGUAGAAUAGGUUCAACUCAAGGAUCAUACUUGCUCAAGGAUGACUUAUUUAUUUCAUAUGCAUCUGAAGUUCGUUUUUGGGACUACAAGCUAUACAAGGCAGAAUAUGUGGCUGGCUUUCUUUUUCUUUUUUAACUGAAGAGCCACCCAGUUUACCCACUGAGCUAUAUUUUAAGGAAAAAGUUACUGUGGCAGAUGUGGCCUAAUGAUUUUGUAUGUUACAUGACCUGUGACAUGUUUAACUGUCUGAGAUGCCUCUUUUAAAAGAAAAAAGUAAACUUUAAAAACUGCCAGACAGACUUCAUCUGCUUUGUGUAAUUCUGUAUUGCUUCACUUUCCACUGUUUUAUAGCCCUUUCAAAUCUGAUGGAAAACAGUUUGUAUAUUAUAAAUGUUUAUAAUUCAAAAAGUGUUGCUGUUUAAUUCCUCAUUAUAAAUCAUUCUUCUAAAAGCUGUGUACGGGGUAGAACUAACAUCGUACACAGUGCUUACUCUACUUUAGUGUGUAUUAGUUGCAUGGUUCACAGUGGGUUAUAUACCUAUUUAGAAUUAUCUUUAGACAGCACCUUUUUUAAUGGAUCAAGUAAUCUAAUGAAUAUAAAAUCCUCAUGACAAACCUAUAUUUUCCAUUGCCGGCCUUUUCAAGUAUUUCAAUAAAUAACUGUGUACUGUG